AUGACAAACAUGAACGGUGCUGAUGAAGGUGCGUCUCCUGGCGAGAACGGCGUGCCGCAGCCUAUCGCCAUCAUCGGGUAUGCCUGCCGGCUGCCGGGGCAAGUUACAUCUCCCAGUGACCUAUGGGAACUAUGUACCCGAGCUCGAAGUGGCUGGUCGCCCAUCCCCAAAGACCGUUUCUCCGUCGAAGCCUUCCACCACCCUAACCCCUCCAAGGUUGGUUCCUUUAACCCAAAGGGAGGCUACUUCCUCGACGAGGACAUUGCACGCUUUGAUGCUCCCUUCUUCAACCUCACCGUCCAAGAAGCUACAUCCAUGGACCCUCAACAGCGCUUGCUGUUGGAGUGCACGUAUGAAGCUUUAGAGAGUGCUGGCAUUCCCAAAGAGAGUCUUGCCGGCCGGAACGUGGGCGUCUUUGCCGGUGGUAAUUUCUCUGAUUAUGAGCUCAAUAACGUCCGCGACGUGGAGACCAUCCCCAUGCACCAAGCCACGGGCUGUGCGGCCUCACUGCAAUCCAACCGUAUCUCAUACUUCUUCGAUCUACGAGGGCCCAGUAUCACAGUGGACACGGCUUGUUCUUCCUCGCUUGUUGCACUCCACUAUGCAGUACAGAGCCUGCGAAGUGGGGAGUCCAAGGAAGCCCUCGUGGCUGGUUGUCGUCUUAGCCUUGUUCCGGAUAUUUGGGUUUCUAUGUCCAUGUCACAGUUAUUUAAUGAUGAGGGCAAAACCUUCUCCUUCGAUGAGAGAGCCACGUCCGGUUUUGCCCGAGGCGAAGGCUCUGGUGUGGUAAUUCUGAAACCCCUCGACGCCGCUUUGCGCGACAAAGACCCCGUCCGAGCUGUCAUUGUACAUUCAGGAGUCAAUCAAGAUGGGCGAACACAAGGGAUUACACUGCCGAAUGGUCAGGCCCAGGAAGAACUAAUACGGCGGGUCUACGAAGAGGCCAAUAUCAGCCCGGACGAAUGCGGGUUUGUAGAAAUGCAUGGAACUGGAACAAAGGCCGGCGAUCCCAUCGAAGCUGCAGCAGUCCAUGCGGCACUUGGAAAGAAUCGGACUCCGAGGAACCCGCUUUACAUCGGAUCAGUCAAAUCCAACAUUGGGCACCUGGAGGGUGCCAGUGGUAUAAUUGCCAUCAUUAAGGCAGCCAUGAUGCUUGAUCGAGAAUUGAUGCUUCCGAACGCCGAGUUCAAGAAACCGAAUUCUAAUAUACCUAUGAGCGAGUGGAAUAUGAAAGUGCUAAUGACGACGCGACCCUGGCCUUCUCGCAAGAAAUACCUGAGCGUUUCUAAUUACGGGUUUGGAGGAACCAAUGCACAUGCUGUUCUUGAGAGGGCGCCGCUAUCAUCGAAAGCUCCGGAUGAAGCUGUUGAGGAUGUCGAGGUGGACCCCAAACGAAAGCUGUUCUUGAUCUCUGCCAACGACAAGGAGUCUCUACGCACUAGGAUCAAAGACUACGGUAUCUACUUCGAACAACAUCCCGAAGUCUUUGAAAAGUCUCUAUUCGGAAACUUUGCUUAUACGCUAGGCAAUAAGAUGUCCCAACUCCCAUACCGUAUUGGCGUGUCAGCUACCUCGCUAGAUGACCUUGGAAUCCGUCUUGCUCAACUGAAGAUCAACCCUUCCCGGGUUCUAGGCACCCCGACUGUUUCGUUCGUCUUCACUGGUCAAGGGGCUCAAUGGGCACAGAUGGGUGUUCCUCUUAUGCAUGAAUACCCUGUCUACGAGUUGGCUAUGAAACGAGCCGAUCAAUGCCUACGAGAUCUCGGCGCUAAAUUCUCCCUUAUCGAAGAGCUGAAAAAGGACGCCGCCACCUCUGAGAUUGACUCCUCCCAUCUGAGUCAACCGGCCUGCACAGCACUUCAGAUUGCAUUAGUCAAUCUCCUGGAAUCUUGGGGGAUCCAUCCUUCUUCAGUCAUUGGUCACAGUUCUGGAGAAAUUAGUGCAGCCUACGCUGCGGGGAUUUAUAACUUGGAGGGAGCUAUGGCUCUGGCAUACUGGCGUGGGCAAAUGACCUCAUUGCUCAAGUCGUCGUUCCCGUCCCUCAAGGGCACCAUGAUUGCUAUUGGCACUAGUCGCGAGGCUAUUCAACCGAUGUUGAAGACCCUCUCUGGAUACGCCACCGUCGCUUGCGUGAACAGUCCAUCCAGUGUGACGGUGUCGGGAGACGUGUCCGCAAUUAAUGAACUCGAAAAGGUUCUCCAAGACAAGCAACUUUUCAACCGAAAAUUGAAGAUUGAUGUUGCCUACCAUUCCGACCACAUGAAGAAGGUUGCCGAGGUUUACCUGGCUGCGAUUAAGACUAUUCAUCAUUUCCCAUCGGCAACGGCCUCAUUCUUUUCUUCUGUAUUUGGGCGCUUCGCAGAACCUUCUGAACUUGGUCCAGAAUACUGGAUUGCGAACCUGACAUCACCGGUGUUGUUCUCUGACGCCCUUGGCAAGAUUGUUUCGAACGAUGAGACACGGCCCAACCUUCUCGUUGAAAUUGGUCCACACUCUACAACGAAGGGCCCCAUCAUGGAUACUCUAAAGAGCUUGGGUCCCACCGUCUCCAAGAUUGCAUAUGCACCAACCAUUCUUCGUAAAGUUGACGCAGCUGAGUCGAUCUUAGAUACCGCUGCUGCUGCCUAUGUGCGAGGUGCCACACUCGAUAUGACAGGAGUCAAUUUUCCCAAGACUAGUGCAGCAAACCGUUGGUUUUUGACUAACUUGCCUCGCUACCCUUGGCAACAUGGGACUCGGUACUGGCACGUUGCCCGUAUUUCUCAGAAGCAUGCGGUCAGAGAUCAUGCCAGGAACGACGUCUUGGGGGUGUUGGCAAAUUAUUCAAAUGAUCUGGAGCCAACAUGGCGGAAUAUCAUUCGUUUAGAUGAGGUGCCCUAUCUCCGGGACCACAAGAUGCAGGGAAUGGUCGUCUACCCCCUGGCCGGCUAUUUGGUGAUGGCCAUUGAAGCCGCUCGACGACGCGCCGAGCAAGAUGGUAUCCAAAUCUCCCAAUUUGAACUGAGGGAGGUCAUUGUGGGUUCGGCGCUUGUGCUCAGCGAUGACACCGAUACAGAGACCACCAUUACUCUCCGCCCCUACACUGAAGGUACCCGUGGGUCUUCCGAUCUUUGGGAUGAGUUCCGUGUCUGUUCAUGGACCUCAAAACGAGGGUGGACAGAGCACUGUACUGGGCAGGUGCAGGUUUGCUCCAAUCCGAAACAGCAGGCGGCUGCGAUCUCGAGCCCGUUCGAGACUCAAAUCACUUACACAAAAGGUCGAAUUGCCCGAAUUCAGGAAUCGGCUACUAAUUACCUGGAUAUGUCCCACAUGUACCAGGUUCUUAGUGAUCUAGGAGCUGGCUAUGGUCCUAUCUUCCAGGAUAUUGAUAACUGCUACUCCAGCCCUAACCACUCGUUUGGCGAUCUGCACGUUAGAGACACCCGCAGUGUCAUGCCGAAGGGAUUUGAACCUCCCUUGACUGUUCACCCAUCGUUCCUCGAUGGACUGUUACAUUUUGCUUGGCCGCUCCUUGGGCAGGGAUUGGGCCGAAUGGAUCUGGACACACUCUACAUGCCGACAAUGAUCAAGCGUAUUACAGUCGGUCUCGACGUUCCAACCACUCCUGGUGGAUAUCUCAAAGCUUACUGCAGUGGCAGUCCCAGCUUGCCUUCCCCUGAGCCGACCAAAUUUGACCUAUUUGCCACCCAAGAGGGCUCCACAGAGCCCAUAAUUACAAUAAAUGGUCUGAUAAUGACUCCCCUCAGAAAUCCAGGCAUUCACCGUGAAGACACCCGCAAGCUGUGCUAUAAGAUUGAUUGGCAUCCCUUGGCGGAGAUUGAAAACAACGUUGAAGGAGAUGCUCAAGAUUGCAAUGGCCUCGCAGAAUCUCAUGGCCAUACUUACACGCACGGCAACGCAAACAUGAAUGGAAAUACAGAGCAGACAGGCAAACUGCGUGCAAAUGGAAAUCCUAUCAAACAAAAGCAUGAUCUAUUCAUCGCCCAUUUUGGCAAAGCUGAUGGUAUCGCUGAUAAAUUAAGCAUUACACUGUCUGAGGCACCUGGGUGGCAGGUUUCCGUCGGAACCUUCGGUGAAAUGGACUUCUCUCAAAAGCAUCUUGUUCUACUCCAGACUGGAGCUAGCUCUCUGCGAUACCUCACCGAGAAUGUAUUCGAGGAGCUCAAGAAGGCGCUGCUCAAUGCUAAAGCUGUGCUCUGGGUCUACCGGACCGAUUCUCCCGAUGCUCAAAUGACGGUCGGCCUGGCUCGCAGCUUGCGCUCGGAGACCUUGGCCAGGAUAGCUACUCUUGGAUUGGCUCCUGGGGACAUGGGAUAUCCUGAGAAGCCUGUUCAGGCAGCCAUUAGUGCUCUAUGGCCCACUGAUGGAACCGAUCUCUCAAAGGAUCUCGAGUUCAAGAGUAAAGGCUCAGAGCUCUUUGUCCAACGCGUAGUGGAAGAUGCUGCUGCUAAUAGUUUCGUCCACAAUGAGACUCACGAGAUGACAAUCUCAACACAACCAUUCAGUCAGCCUGGGCGACGCUUCAAGAUACAGAUCGGCAAUCCAGGUUCUCUCGAUUCCCUCUACUUUGUAGACGACAAUCCCCUACCACUAGGUGAGGGCCAGAUCGAGCUUCAGGUCAAAGCAAGCGGUCUCAACUUCAAAGACAUUGUGGUCUCUAUGGGCCAGCUUGCACAGCCGUAUAUUGGAAUUGAAUGCAGUGGCAUUGUUUCCAGUGUAGGAUCAAAUGUGAAGAAUUUCAAGGUUGGCCAAAGAGUUAUGGCUAUGCCAGAGGGUUGUUUCUCGACCUACGCACGAUGCUCGUCAACCAGUGCUGCGGAAAUCCCAGGUGACAUGUCAUUCGAGGUGGCAGCCACAGUGCCAGUUGUAUUCUGUACUGCAUACUACUCUCUGUUUGACCUAGGUCAGCUGCAAGCUGGCGAGCGAGUUUUAAUCCACGCCGGUGCCGGUGGUGUUGGUCAAGCCGCUAUAAUGCUAGCACAUAUGAUCGGCGCAGAUAUCUUUGUUACAAUCGGAAGCCUCGAUAAGAAACAGUUCUUAAAGAGCCAGUACGGUAUUCCCGAAGACCGCAUCUUCUAUAGUCGUGAUGCAUCUUUUGCUCGCGGCAUCCGCAGAGCCACCGGUGAGGUUGGCGUGGAUGUCAUUGUCAACUCCCUAGCAGGCGAUCUUCUGCGCGAGACUUGGGAGUGCCUUGCGCCAUUCGGACGAUUUAUCGAGAUUGGCAAGGCCGAUAUAACGAAGAAUACUCGCCUUGACAUGCAGCCUUUUGAACACAACGUCACAUUCUCAUCGGUUGAUCUGACCAGGGUUGGGAAGUUCAAGCCACAGCUGAUGAAACGCCUCCUGAGUGACGUUUGUCGGUUGAUUGGUGAAGGAUCGGUGCAUCCCAUCCUACCACUUUCGACUUAUCGAAUUUCUGAUAUCGAGAAGGCAUUCCGUACUCUACAGACCGGCAAGAGUAUGGGUAAGAUUGUGGUGGUUCCCCAUGGAGGUGACCAAGUCAAGGCUGUCGCUCCCAAGACCAGUUCCACUCUCUUGCGACCUGAUGCAUCUUACAUCUUGAUCGGUGGCACUGGUGGUCUAGGCCGAAGCAUAGCCAAGUGGAUGUCCUCGAAGGGUGCAAAGAACAUUGUUCUUGUGUCUCGUCGAGCGGCGACUAAUGACAAGGUUCAAGCUUUGGUUGAUACUUUAGCUCCCCUAGGAGUGCGGAUUGUCAUCAAGGCUUGUGAUGUCACCAGCCAGGAGUCUGUCGAGGCUCUGCUUAACGAAGAGAUGGAAGGCCUUCCCCCUGUACGUGGUGUUAUCCACGGUGCGAUGGUGCUUCGUGACAUGCUCUUCGAAAACAUGUCUCUAGAAGACUUCACGGCCGUAGCACGCAGCAAGGUAGAAGGGGCUUGGAAUCUUCAUAACACGCUGAUCAAUUCCCCACUAGAUUUCUUCAUUGCCCUCUCAUCGGUGGCCGGCAUCAUCGGCAAUCGUGGACAGGCAGCAUACUCCGCGGCAAAUUCAUUCCUGGAUGGAUUCAUAGAAUAUCGCAGAUCCCUUGGUCUUCCAGGAACAUCAAUCGACCUAGCUGCAGUAAGUGACGUCGGUUACCUAGCCGAUACCGACACCCAGCGGCGCCAGGAAGUAUUGAAGAAUAUCGGCAGCCAGACUAUUGACGAGUCGGAAGUCCUCGCGCUGGUAGCCGCGGCUCUGACCGGUGAUCUCGACCAGUCUUGCUCUGGGCAGUGCAUCACAGGACUGCGACUGGAUUCCCUCGACAACAACUUUUGGGCUCAGGACGCGAGGUUUAGCGUGCUAUAUCAGGCCACCAAGGGCACACUAGGGAGCAGCUCACAGCACAACGGCCCGUCUGUGCCGCUGCAUGUCACCCUAUCGGCUGCCUCAUCUAAAGAGGAGGCUUUGAGAGUGUGCUACGAGGCGCUGGCCGCGAAGUUAGCCCAGGUUCUUGUUCUCUCCUUGGAGGAUAUGGAUCCCUCGAUUUCAGUGGUUUCGUUGGGUCUUGACUCGCUGGUGGCUAUUGAGAUCCGCAACUGGAUUGCCCGUGAGGCUAAUGCCAAUGUGCAAGUUCUGGAGUUGUUGUCCGGUGGCAGUUUGAUGGCCUUGGCUGAGAUUAUCCUCAACAAAUCUCAGGCCUAUACUCACACUGAGUAA